AUGUAUCUGCGUCUUCCCCUCUUCGUCGCCAUUGCCACGCUUACCAUCGUGGGCGGUGUCACUAUCGACCACGACAAGGUGCAGCCGUUCGCGCAGCCCGCACCCGCCACUGUGUCCGAGAAGGCCGCCGUCAAAUUCAAGCCAAGUCUCCAAAUCAUCGACGGAUGCCACCCGUACCCCGCAGUGAACGCCGCGGGCGAGACGAGUGGGGGAUUGAAGCACACCGGUCCGGUAGACGGGAAAUGCAAGGGUUCAGGACUCGGCUCGCAAGUGUACGGCCGCUCUGGCUGGUACAAGGACCUCUGGGCCAUCAUGUACUCGUGGUAUUUCCCCAAGGACAAACAUCUUGGAUACAAGGGCCAGCGCCACAAGUGGGUUGACGCCGUUGUGUGGCUGGACAACCCUGCGUUCGAGACUCCAAAGGUCCUCGCCGUCUCGACCUGGAGCUGGGGGGGGGGAUACACUUCGUUCCACACGCUGGAAAUGACUUCGACACGGGGUACGGGGGAACUCCAGGACCUCAUUAUGUGGGAGCAGCUGAGUCCAGAAGCGCGUACGGCUCUGAGCGAAACGGACUUCGGUGAAGCUGCCAAGGUCCCGUUCAUUGACGCCAACUUCGAGACCAACCUCGAGUUGGCACGCCCGUAA